AUGCGCUCCCAUCAACUGGCCCCAUCGGCCAUCUGCUCCAGAAGUUCAACCAGCAGCCAGAAGACCAGCAACAACUCAUUCACCAUCCACCCUUGCGGCCUGCACCGAGGGUCGGGCAUUUGCCUGCUCCCCAACAGGCCCCUGACCCCAGAGUUCCUGGCAGGCACUGCCAAUGGCAUUGCGGGAUCCAGCCUUGGGCAGGGCGAGUACAAGCCAAAGUUGGAGUUGGGGGAGCCUCCCACCCACCAGCCCUGGGACCCCAGUGCCACUCCAGCCUCAUCCCUGGCUUUGUCCAGUGUCAGCCCUGCCAGUGCCACUCCCAGCCAGCACCACUGGGUCUCCUCGGCCACCAGCACCAACGACUCCUUCAAGAUAUGGCCGGCCUCCAAGCCAGAUAUGAACACGAUUCCCGGGGGGGACCUGCAGGCCCGGGCUCUGCCCAGUCUCCGUGUGAACUCCCACAACUCCUUCGUGUUCAUCCCCAAGGGCAAGGCUACUGGGGCCCCUCCGCCCCAAGGCAGGCAGCCUUGCUAUGAGUUCCUGAAACUCACCAGUGAAGAAGCCAGCAUUGAGUUUCAAAGUUCAGAACUAAACAGUCUGUUUGACAUCUCACUAUUGGUGUAG